AUGGCAACCACCGAACGCCCUGCAGCAUCCCUCCACGCCGAACACAAAGGCCCCUGCACAACGGAAACAGACCACGGAAAAGGCACACCCAGACCUGGUUCCGAAAUCGAGAAAACCCGCGCUGAACUCAAAAUUGGUGAUCGGGUUGAGUAUCAUCCCGUUGAAGGUUCUAUGCAGACCACGACAGGUACGAUUGAGGAUAUUGAGACCUGUCCAGUCGACAUUGGCGGUCGUCAUGUUCGGGCUUCCCCUGAGGAGCCGAGGUACUUUAUCAAAAAUGAUCAUACUCAAAAGACUACUGCCUAUUUCAAGAAAGCGAUCCAAAGGAAACUUGAGUGA